AUGAGCGACGCGACUAGCAGCAACGAGCCUUCCAAGACCACCGGCAACUGGAACGCCACGGUCGGCAGCAUCAAGGCGACUGUCGGCGACGCGACGGGCAUCUCCUCCCUCUCCCAAGCAGGCAACGAGCAACGCGCAGCCGGCAACGCCGAGUACAAGAUGGCGCAGGCGCAGGAGUACGCGACGGGUACGGCGGACAGGUUGGAGGGCAAGAUGGAUAGGGUGUUGGGUGCGGUCACGGGGGACAAGGCGCAGGAGGCGAAGGGAGUUGCCCAGGAGGAGAAGGGCAAGGCGCAGCAGGCCGCCAACUCGUAG